CCCUCGUUGGUGGUUCUAGUUCUGUGUAUUUUGGGCCCGCCAGGAUCAGAGAUUGAGUCAUUGCGCGUGGGCACACCAGGGGACAGGGGCUGAGUAGAAAGCACACGUCUGCUUGUGUGGAAGGCCUGGAACGAGUCAGGACACAGAGGAUAAAGGCAGUGCCAGGCAGCCGGAAGCCAUCAGCGAGGCAGGGCCUCCGAACUCCGGCUGCGGCUGGGAACCUGGAGGGCAGAACUGACCACCUGGAGACUUUAUCCUGGAGAGGCCAGUGUUAGGAGGAUUUAUGACAGGCAGCUGACCUUGCAGUGUGACUCAAGUGGAAACACCAUAAUGUGAGAGAGUGGUCAGGUGAAAAGGACAGAAGUCCACGUUCCAUCAUAGUAAUACCCCAAGUGCCUUCUCAUCUCCCCUCGGCUCGCCUUGUCAUUUUAAUACACGCUCUUCCCUGUGAGGAGGGAAAUCAACUAAGGCUCAGGUCCCUGCUUGUUUAAUCUAGGGCUGUACCAUGGCUGAGACUGAGGAAGAGGAAACAGCAUCAGCAGAAGCCUCAGGGUUCUCAGACUUGAGUGACUCAGAGUUAGUUGAGUGUUUGGACUUGGAAGAUGCUAAAGUGUCAGCUGUUUCACUUAGCAAGCCUGGCCCUUCUUCUGAACUGCCUGGGAAGGAUGACAAAAGCUUGCAGAACUGGAAAAGGAGAUUGGAUGUCUUGUCACCCAUGGAGAGAUUCCACUUGAAAUAUUUAUACGUCACUGACCUGUGUUCUCAGAACUGGUGUGAGUUGCAGAUGGUGUAUGGGAAAGAACUUCCUGGUUCUUUGACACCUGAGAAAGCAGCUGUUUUGGACACUGGUGCAAGCAUCCACCUAGCAAAAGAACUUGAACUUCAUGACCUUGUGACGGUUCCCAUCACCACUAAAGAAGAUGCUUGGGCAGUUAAGUUUCUGAACAUACUAUCAAUGAUUCCUACCCUCCAGUCAGAAGGGCGCAUCAGAGAGUUUCCAGUGUUUGGGGAAGUGGAGGGCGUAUUUCUUGUAGGAGUGAUUGAUGAACUGCACUACACAUCCAAGGGGGAACUGGAGCUGGCUGAACUCAAGACACGCAGGCGUCCUGUGCUCCCCGUGUCAGCUCAGAAAAAGAAAGACUAUCUUCAAAUUAGUCUAUACAAAUAUAUCUUUGAUGCCAUGGUACAAGGGAAAGUGACUCCUGCUAGCCUAAUCCACCACACUAAAUUGUGUCUAGACAAGCCACUGGGGCCUUCAGUGCUGAGACAUGCGAGACAAGGAGGUGUGUCUGUAAAAUCUUUGGGUGACCUUAUGGAACUGGUUUUCUUGUCUCUUACACUCUCUGAUCUCCCAGCUAUUGAUACCCUAAAACUUGAGUAUAUACACCAAGAGACUGCCACUAUAUUGGGCACAGAGAUUGUAGCCUUUGAAGAGAAAGAAGUGAAAAGCAAGGUGCAGCAUUAUGUGGCCUACUGGAUGGGCCACCGAGAUCCUCAAGGUGUUGAUGUGGAGGAGGCAUGGAAGUGUCGGACCUGUGACUAUGUGGACAUCUGCGAGUGGAAGAGGGGCAGUGGAGUGCUCAGCUCUUCGUGGGAGCCCAAAGCCAAGAAGUUGAAAUGAAUGAAGGUACACUUUGAAAAAUGUAAGAGGACCAGUCUCUCAGCUUGGCUCUCAUGGACAGUGUUUUUUAUUUUUAUGUUUACAAUCUUGAAUAACAUUCCAACCCAGGGCCAAGGAUCAGGAAUGUGUGGAGAGAUGUAGUGUUAGAGUGACCUUGGAGCUUUGAGAUAAAUUGCAAAGAAGACAAAUAUGCAUCAUGUCUGCAGCAAAGGCAUCCCUCACUAAAUCACUGUUGGCUCAAGAAAAUUCUUUAGAUUCUGAUAAAUCUUUUUUUCUUGAUAAAACUUUUUUUCACAUAUUUUACAAUAAAAAUGAAAUGCUGUCUAGACCAGUUGACUUGA